GGUUCGAAUCCCGUUAGGAGCAGGUCGAGCAGGACCGGAUACAUACGCAAACACUGCGCAGCGGCUGCGCAUAAUUGACACAAACGAGUCUCCCGCACUGGCACCGGCAUGAGCCGGAAGUGUUCUGAUGAACUACCCCCGGAGGAGGGUAUGGAGGUGGACUGUAAACCAGAGGACCUGUCUAAGUAUGACGAGCGCUGUGUGGAGCUGGGAGAGGUUAAAGACAUGAGGCUGGAGGCUGAGGCGGUGGUCAAUGAUGUGCUCUUCGCAGUCACAGGCAUGCACGUCUCUCACAAUCUCACCAGUGGAGUGGAUGUGGCUUAUAUAAACGUUGAAACCAGAGAGGGAAACCGGUACUGCUUAGAGCUCACCGAGGCAGGUUUAAGGGUGGUGGGACACAUCUUUGAUCAGGUGGAUGAGAGUUUGAGCACCCAGUAUCACGAGACUGUUUACUCACUGCUGGAUUCCCUGAGCCCCGGGUACAGAGAAGCUUUUGGAAAUGCUCUGCUACAGAGACUGGAGAGGCUCAAACAAAACGGACAGUGAGGAAUCAGUAUCGCUCAGAACAUCUCUGCUCGCUGAUGGUUAAAUCAAGUUCUGUGCAGCCCUCAUCUUAUAGCAUCAGUGGUACUCUACCAUUAUCUGUUUUUAACAUUUGAUUUAUUUUAACAGAACUUCUAGGUGAUGAUUUGCCUAUGAUGUGAUAAGUAUUUCAUUUUAUUAUUUGGAGAGGUAUCAUUAAGCAGUGCUGAAACAUAGAACAGGCCCAGAUUAAUACUCCAUACAGUAUUCUCCACUCUUCAUUCUUCAUAUAGUAUUACCAAACCCCAAACAUUCAACUGAAGUGAAAUAACCCUCAGAAAUAGCAUUUUGUGCUGUUGGGAAAAUGUUAUUGGAGCUAAAAUCUUUUAUUUUAACAUACAGGUGCACUGAUUUUAGCUUAUCUAGGCCCUGCAAAAUAUGAAUUUUAGAGCUCAAUAUUGCAGAGCAUGGUUCAGCAGUGUUAUCAUUACAAAAUACAUCAUAUGCCUUACUACUUUGAUGAUGUUUUAUCUGUCCACAGGAUAGUGGUUGUCUGAAAUUUUAGUUUAAAGUUGUGAUACAUCAUGUAUCCUCUCUUCCUCUUGCUUGCUAUUAAUGUCAUAUCAAACUCCCUUUGUGAAUGUAAGAAAAUGCCUAAUCCAUUGUUUAAUUUAUUGCUUUCUAUCUCAAUCUGUCCAAAUCAGCAGAAAGGACAGAAGAGCCAAAACAUUGUGGUGUUAUCUACCACCAACCCCCUUCCAAAAAUGUACCUAUUGGAAUUUUUAAUGAAAAAUACAGAAAAGUGAUAACUCCUGUAGAACUUCCUGUUAGUGUGGACAUUUGUCUUUGUACUUAUUGGCAGAAGAGGUCAGACUGCACUGGUGUAAAAUCUUUCCUUGCAAGUAUGUUAUAGAACAACAGCAUGUUUGUGUGGAUCUCAGCACUCAUUUUUUGUUGUAAACAUUCUUUAGUUGUAUAUUAGCCAGAACUAACAUAUCACACCAUAUGUAAAAUUCCAAUAUUGGUGUUUUUUUUAAUGUUUUUUUUUUUUUUCCUUGUUCUUCUUGGGACAAAAUAUUUUAAGCCCUUGAUUUGACCUGUUAAAACAAUAAGUAGUUCCAAUAUUGGGUGGUUUUUGAAGUAUGUUUUAAAACUUAAGCCAUUCAUUUGACCGAUUUGAUACGUUUUUACGUUCAAUGUAGUGCACAGAAUUGCACUAAUAGAAAUGAGGUAGCCAUUGUCUGACCUGUUUGAAAGGACUGUUUAAAAAUAUGCUACCAAGUUAUAGUCCACUACAUUUUUUUUUUUUGUCUUCCCAUAUUUGAGUUUAAAAGGAAGAGAUUAUUGUGUCAUUAAUACAGGAAGUUCUUAUACGAUGGGCUUCUACCUCAUAUUGAAUUUUUGUUUUUCUGCCUGUUUACUUGCCUGUGAAAUUGACGUGUUUCUAGCUGUUUUUUUGAUAAGGCAAAAGAUAGUCAAAAGGUAUGCUGAUAAUAGGGCCAAUUUCAGCAAAUUCCUGUGAAAAAAAAAAAAUGCACUGUCGCAAGCCUCCAAAUAAUUUACUGAAAGUUUGUUCAAACAACCAAAUCAACAAAUAUGAACGUGUGUUUAGAUGACUUAAAUGGCACAAAUACCUUCUGUACCUGAAGAAAUGUUGCUUGCUUUUGUUUACUUGUAAUAAAAAGCACACAUUUAAAUGUU